GCAAUCCCUGACGGGAAGGUGCAACUUUACUCGAUUCGCUUUCUUCCUCCGUCCUGAUGAUUUACACCAGGUAUAUGGAUGUGCCUGCAGGGCCCCCUUUCAGCUUGACUGGCCUUGCUUGGUAUGACGUGCCCCCCCGAGUUUGUUUCCUGCUUCCGGAAUGUCGCCGACGGCGGUGGGUUCUCCAAUUGAUUGCUACCCCGUCGCGUGGUUUGGGAAAAAGCUUGGUGCAUGUUGUCUAGAUUCCCGGAUGCCCAGUACUAGUGUAUUGGUCGGGUCGAGAUUUGUAGGGGCAUGGAAUACCACGCCCUGAUUACCUCGGGAGGCGUCAAGGGGCCAAAAAAAGAGGGACAAUGGUCUAGAAGUUGCCGUGGGGGUUUGUCCAAGGUCGUGACCGUUGGCAUAUAAGGACACCUGCCCGGUCAUAAACAAACCUGGUGGUGAAUGACGAUAGAGUUCAUCCCAACUUGCGCAGCCGGUCUCUCUUUUUAUUCACCCUCCCACCCAUUUGUCACUCAUUGAUCUGAGAUCGACCACCCUCUCUUAAGAACAACGGCCUCGAGCUUGUUUCGACUUUUAGAAACCAUUCCCUCGUCGACCCGAGCUACUACUGCAAGCUUUUGCAAUAGAAAUAAAAGGAAAAAACAUCCCACGAUGCGGUCCUCACUCUUCACGGCCGCUGCCGUCGCGGUCUCUGGUGUCUCAGCUGCCCGUGAGUGGCUCAACGAGCCCGACACUGGUCUUCAGGACGUCGUGAGCAACAUCACCAAAGGCCAGCUCCCUCCUCUGGACGAGAUGGUCGGCCUGCCCGACUUUGACUGGGCUGCUCGCAACUAUCUCCCUGCCAAGAACUACACCUACUACCGAAAUGGCGCUGCUGGCGAGUGGUCGUACCGGAACAACCUCGAGGUCUUCAACCGCUACCGCCUGCGCCCCCGUGCCAUGGUUGAUGUCACCAACGUCGAGGCCAGCCUGAAGACCACCAUCCUGGGCUACGAGUUCGAGAACCCCUUCUUCAUCUCGCCCGCCGCCAAGGCGCAGUACGGCCACCCCGAUGCCGAGCUGAACCUGAUGAAGGGUGCCGGAGCCGGUGGCAUCCCCUACAUCGUCUCGAGCUACUCGUCCCUGGCCCUCGAGGACAUCGCCGCGGUGGCCCUCCCCAACCAGACCUUCUUCAGCCAGGUCUACUUCACCCUGAACGACACGCAGAACCGGGCCCUGCUGAAGCGGUCCGAGGCCUCGGGCGCCAAGGCCGUGGUGUGGGCCAUCGACUCGCCGGGCUCGCCGGACCGGCAGCGCGCGGCGCGGUACGACGUGGGCUCGGCCAACACGCAGUUCGUCAAGAACACGUGGGACGUGUACAACCAGUACCGCAACUGGACGACGCUGCCGAUCGUGCUCAAGGGCAUCCAGAACGUGGCGGACGCGCGCGCGGCCGUCGACCACGGCGUCAAGGCCAUCAUCCUGUCGAACCACGGCGGCCGCAACCUGGACGGGUCCCCCUCCUCGCUCGAGGUCGCCCUCGAGAUCUUCAACAACGACCCGGCCGUCUUCGACGAGAUCGAGGUCCUCGCCGACGGCGGCAUCCGCUAUGGUACCGAUGCCCUGCGGCUCAUGGCCCUCGGCGUCAGGGCCGUCGGCAUGGGCCGCCCGUUCAUGUACUCCAACGUCUUUGGCGAGGAGGGCGUCAAGAAGAUCAUCCAGCUCAUGCGGAACGGCAUCAUGAACGACGCGGCUAACCUCGGCCUCGGCGACAUCAAGUCCAUCAACUCGUCCUAUGUCGACUGGACCCCUCAGCCUUUCUGGGGCUUCUAAGCCUCCUCUUUUUUGGCUCGAGGAUGAUGAUGAUGUUUGCGGUGUUGGAGGAGUUUUUUUGGUGUGAUUUGCCCCAAGUUGUUGUGGCUCUUCUUGUACAUAUAUAUAUGUAGAUGCGUGACUGCACAUAUCCAAGAAACCGUAAUCAAAUUCAGCGGGUUUCCAACCAUUUAUAUCCUCAGCUUUUG